GAUUGAACCAUUCACUGUCCGUCCAGUCUCUUCGCCCGGCUAACCUCCAAAGCCUGGUUUAAUAAUACUGGUUUAAUGUGAAGAUUCGAGUGCGUGGCUGAAUAUAAAAAUGGUCCUUUACUGUUUUGCCAAGCAUACUAAAGAUUUGCUGCCGAGGCUCGCAUGGUAAACUUAUGCUAUUUGCGGCCCAAAAAUCUAAUCUUGAAAAGUGGUCAACGGAUGGGUGGGGUCUUGCCUUUGAAUGUUUCACCACGUUUCACUUGCUGUUUUAAUCUGUGCUCUUUCCAAGCAAGAAUCCCAACUUUCCCAGCAACUUCCCUUUUCAAGUCUUCCUGAAAAAAUCCCAUUUCCUCAAUUCUCACCACAGAAAAUAACAGAGGAAGCUUGCUUCUUUAGCCUGAUGGAUACAAGGAUGGAUGAUGCUGAUGGAAGACUAGAAAUUUCUAGGGGAGGGGAGCCGAGUCCACAUGAAAUUGACAAGAAUCAAGAACCAUAUGAGGGUAUGCUAUUUGAGUCAGAAGAAAGAGCUAAAGCAUUUUAUGAUGAUUAUGCCAGACAUGUGGGGUUUUCAACGCGUGUUUUGUCUUCCCGAAAGUCAGAACGUGAUGGAUCACUCAUCUCUCGGGGAAUAGGUUGUAGAGGAGGUUCAGAUGGUAGGAGAAGAGGUAAAAGCCAUAUGCAAGAUAAGCAACAAGAAGGUUGCAAGGCUAAGCAACAAGAAGGUUGCAAGGCUAUGAUUUUGUUGAAAAGAGAGAAGCCUGGGAGAUGGAUUGUUAGAAAAUUUUUGGGGGCCCAUAAUCACCCAUUUGUAGAUCAAUUGCCAAAAAGUCGUCAAAAGCUUGAUGAGAAGGAUAAGAAGAUUCAGGAAUUAACUACAGAACUGCGCAUUAAGAAACGGUUAAGUACAGCAUAUCGAGAACAGUUGCUUACAUUUAUGAAAGAUUUUGAAGACCACAAUGUUCACUUGUCAACAAAAGUUCAAUUAAUUUUUGACAAUCUUAAAAAGCUUGAGGCAGAAAGGCAGGAGCUUUUACAACACAAAUAACUCCCACAAGCAGAGCUUACCCACAUUUCUUCAUACUAAACAAGUAUAGAACCUGACCAACAAAAUCUAAUGGAACAUUCCUUAAUAGGAACUGACCGACAAAAAAGCAGUGAGAGUUGCUUUCAGGAUAUCACAGUUACAGCAAUAAGAGUAAAUCAGUAGUCACCAAUUUCAUGGCUGUGUGGUUGCUCCUCCUUCCUGGGACGGGGAAGUUUGGAUCUCCUAGAUGGAUGCAAAGAGGAAGCUGGAUGAUUAUGUGCAUGCAUAUGCAUGAACUAAGCAUAUUGAGAAGUUGCAGUGGAUAAUAUUCUUCUGCUAAUUAUAUACUCACGCAAUGCGGCUUCAAAUUGGUUUUCAUGCAUACUCCAAAGGCAACAGUAACAUUUCUGAUUAUCUUAGGGUUAAUGAUGGAUGAUUUGGUCCAAUGUUUAAAUGUUGAGUUUAAGUUAAUUGCUUGAAUUGAAAUUUUCUUCAUUCAGUGGAUUGUUAUAUCAAUGUUUAUAGCAUUUUUUAAUUUCAUUAAAUUUUUUUCGAGUCAUUCCAGUCUCUAUAGGUUAGGAACAAGUGUGGUAUGUGAAUUGUGAGACCUUGGAUAUUUAAGGAUAUCUAUUUUGAUUGAUUAUGAA